AUGGAGAUGCAGGAAGCUAAUCAGAGACCGGAGGUUACUCCGAAUCAGACGAUUUACAUCAACAAUCUCAACGAGAAAGUGAAGCUCGAUGAGCUGAAGAAAUCGCUGAACGCCGUGUUCUCUCAGUUCGGGAAGAUAGUGGAGGUGCAGGCGUUUAAGACAUUGAAGCACAAAGGACAAGCUUGGGUUGUCUUCGAGAACGCCGAUUCUGCUUCCUCUGCUAUUUCUAAAAUGAAUGAAUUUCCCUUCUACGACAAACCCAUGAGAAUACAAUUUGCGAAAACAAAAUCAGAUGUUGUGGCCAAGGCGGAUGGUACAUUUGUUCCCCGCGAGAAAAGAAAGAGACACGAAGAGAAAGGAGGCAAGAAAAAGAAAGAGCAGCACCAUGAUGCUACACAGAUGGGCAUGCCCUCAGGAUACCCAGGUCUCUAUGGAGCUGCACCUCCUCUAUCGCAAGUACCAUACCCUGGUGGUGCGAAACCAAUGCUUCCAGAGGCACCGGCACCGCCAAAUAGCAUCCUCUUUGUCCAAAACCUUCCUCACGAGACUGCUCCGAUGAUUCUUCAGGCUCUAUUCAGCCAGUACCCUGGUUUUAAGGAGGUUAGGAUGGUUGAAGCCAAACCGGGUAUUGCCUUUGUCGAGUUUGCGGAUGAGAUGCAGUCAACGGUUGCCAUGCAUGCACUUCAAGGUUUCAGGAUUCAGCAAAACCCGAUGCUCAUCACCUAUGCCAAGAAAUAG